AUGGGUUUUGAUGCAGACUCCUUUAAAAAAGGUGUUGUCAGUGUCAGUAAGAAAGGGUUCAGCGGCACGAAGAAAGUAGCUAAAGCAGGAUAUAGUGCUGGGAAAGGUUCUUACAAUAAACAUAAAGGGAAAGAUCAUUCAGAGAAUGACCAUAGAAAGGAAGAAGAAUUUGAAAGAGAACAUAACUUGGCAUCAAAACAUAGCAGCCCUACUUAUGGUCCAGAAACUGACACUAGCCAUCAUGGAGCUCCUACUGCACAAUCACAAAGUAAGUUCCAACCAACUACACCGGCAUAUGGUCAAACCCAAUACCAACCAGGUGUAACGCCGACUGCACCCAUAGCAAACGGUUACCAACCUGGCGUCACACCAAAGGCACCUAUCGCAUACGGUUAUCAACCCGGAGUUACACCAGUACCAUCUCAAUCUUCUCCAUAUCAACCAGGUGUUGCGAUAUCAACACCCCAAGCUGCUCCUUACCAGCCUGGAGUCUCUGCGUAUCAACCAGGCGUAACGCCAGCUGUUCCACAAGUUACACCAUAUCAACCAGGCGUAACUCCAGCCGCCCCACAAGUCACACCGUAUCAACCAGGCGUUUCUCUAUACCAACAGGCAGUUCCACCAGGAAGAACUCCAAAUUCUACAGCAAUUAACACCCCACCUCCUCAAUCAUUACAAAUAACACCAGUUGAUAUUACUUCGUUACCUCCGCCACCUAUACAUCAUGGCAGGAAUGCAAUGGUAGUAAAUGAACCUGCUGAAGAUUCAAUUCCAGAAGAGAAGAAAACAAUAGAUGAAAAUGAGAGUAACGAAACUACAAGACCAAAUACAAAUAUUACCAGUGAUACUCAGCCUAGUGAAAGGAAUUCAACAGUGUCAGACACGUCGAGCAAUGAACAGGGAAUUACGCAGGAACUGCAAUCUAAUUUUGAAAGGAAUAUACCUUCUAAUGAUCGUAUGUCUAGCCACUCUGAACAAAAUGAAAUAGAACAGAAGCUGUCUACUACAAGUAGCCCUAUAAGGAGCCAUGGGUCUCGAGUUUCAAUGAAGGACCGAUUAAACCAUUCCUCCAGGCGGGAUGAUGAUAAUAAUGAAUGUAAUGAACACACAGAUAGGAAAAAAGACAACUAUAAAGAUACUUUAAACUUUAACAAACAUGAUAGUUAUGAUGAACCACGAUCAAGGAGAAGAGAUGAUUAUGAUGAACCACGAUCAAGAAGAAGAGAUGAUUAUGAUGAACCACGAUCAAGAAGAAGAGAUGAUUAUGAUAAACCACGAUCAAGAAGAAGAGAUGAUUAUGAUGAACCACGAUCAAGGAGGAGAGAUGAUUAUAAUGAGCCACGAUCAAGAAGAAGAGAUGACUAUGAUGAGCCACGAUCAAGAAGAAGAGAUGACUAUGAUGAGCCACGGUCAAGAAGAAGAGAUGAUUAUGAUGAACCACGAUCAAAAAAAGAUUACCGUGAAAAUAUUACAAAACUUGAAAGGAGGGACGAAGAAGAUUCUUGUCAUAGUAGAAAUAGGUACGAUAAUGAUACCAUUGAUAAUGAUAAUGAUAGUUAUAGGACGGAAAGCCGAGGAAAUACUUUCAAUGAAGGUGGGCUUAAUAAUAGACGUAUGCAGAGCCCUUCAAAGGGCUCAUCGCACGAACCUAUUGAUUUUCCUGGAGUAACUUCAAAUAAUGAAGAUAAUAUGGAACGAUAUAUCGAUGAAGAGGAAGAUGCACCUCCUUUGCCAUCUAGAAACAGGGCUGCUAGUGCAGCGAUGAGACAUCCUCCUGCAGUUGCUAGGAGUAGAGCCACAAGCGAGUCCCCUAAGCCCAUUCCCUCACCAAGAAAAGUCCUAUCGGCAACGGCUAUGAGCCAAUCUAGUUCUGGAGCAACUUCUUCGAGACCGCAGUCCGUUUCACAAACAAGAGGACCCCCACCAGUGGUGCCAAGGAGUCGUAGGAACACUGUUCGUUCCGAUGAUAAUAGCGUUGAAGCUAACCAAACUUCGAACACAAUAUCGGUCAAUAGAGACAAUUCAGAGGACAAGAAUGUUACGAGAAACGGUUCGCCUACCACUGAGCUUGCAAACGAAUUGGCCAAUGUGACCUUGAAAAAUUCUAAAUCACAAUCCGAUCAAGUGAGUGUGGCCACCAAAAAGCCAUUACCACCUCAAAUUCCAAAGAAAAAAGAAUCACUUAAGGGCAAGCCACCAAUUGUUCCCAAAAAGAAGAUUGGAUUGUCGUAUACUUCUAACCAUAUUAGUAACGAACCUGUUAAAGAGGCUUCUAAUAAUAUUAUUAGGGAUAACAAUGUUGAUGACGAUGAAGAGAAUUUAAGUCCUUUAGAAAGAUACAAAAGAAAUCUUGCAAAAAAUAGUGAUUGA